GCUGGUGAACUGGUGAAGAAAGUUGAGAAUGAAAACAUAAAUGUAAGUGUACUUAUUAUGGAUGAUGACUGUACCACCUUAGCUAGAGUAAGACAAGAACUUACCCAUGAUAUUGAAAAGUGGAGCGACCAGAAUCACACAGUGAAACACCUAGGAAACAGUCUGUAUAAUCUCCAGAAGAAACACAAAGUACUGUCGGCAAAAGUAAUCAAACAUCUUCAAAAGUGUUUCAAUUAUGCUCUUGCCCAAAACAAAGAAAAACCAGAUGACUUUAAAGGUGCUCUCAAGCAGAUUGUUCCACAUGUCUUUGGAGACCAUCAGUCAUGUGGCACAUGGUGUGGCUACCAAAAAGACCCCCAAAAUUAUAGGCAUAAUGGACUCCCUUAUGGAAGACCGUUGACAGGUGAAGGUUUAAGAGCUGAUCUGAACUCUGUAUUUGAUUUAUUCAUACAAAAUGCUGAGAGAAUAGCUCCAGGAGGGUCUACGAACGACGUUGAAUCUUUUAAUAAUAUGAUUGCAAGUAAGGCCCCUAAACGGAUUCACUACUCUGCUUCAGAGAGCAUUCUUAACCGCGUUGCUUGUGCCGUAGCACAGAAAAAUGAAGGAGCGACAUAUGUGAACAAAGUAAACAACGAAAUUGGUAUUUCACCAGGAAAUGUAAUGGAGAGUCAUGCUAAAAAGUUUUGACAUGUUGAGGGAAAAAAGACGUUCUGUGGAAAACACUGUAGCAUUCAA